CCAGACAAGAGACAAGUCGAUAUCAUAGAAAAUUUAGUAACUAUAUUUUCUAUGGUCGAUUUCGGUGAUCUUGAUGGUUUCAAGUUAAAACCUAUCAAUAAUGUCUCGAGGUCGAGGUUUUUCUUCUCCAAGGGGAAGUGGAUAUAGAGGUAAUUCGAGCAGAGGAAAUAAUUCAUGGAGUGGUGGAAACCGAGGUGGAUAUUCUGGACAUGGGGGCGGUUCUAGUGGAAGAUUUUCAUCUUCCUUCUCAAAUUCAUUAGAUUCGAGAAACUCUUUUGACUCAAGAAAUAAAUAUUCUGGGGCAUCAGAUCGCUUUUCUAGGACACAUGAUGAUUAUCAUAAACCAUACAGACCAGAUUCAAGUUAUUCUGGACGUGACAGCGGUGGACGAAGAUCUCCAGAUAGAAAAAGAUUGAGAUUAGAGGCUUCUAGCUCACGUCACGAUAGUUCUUUUGGUGGAUAUGGUGCAAGUAGACAUGACUCGCACACGAGUUAUUCAGAUCGGAGGAAUUAUUCUGGCGAUCGACACUCGACAUCUACACCUUUUUCCAGAAGAGACGACUUUCGUAGGCCCCCGGGCCCUCCUUCAUCUCGCGGUUCAUACAGGGGCCGCAUUAGCUCAAGAGGAGCCCGUGGCCUAAGAUUAAGAGAUCGCCCAAAUAGAAGACGUCUCGCAGAAACUUCUUAUGCAGUACGAAAGAGAGUUAUUCCUGCACGUUCAUCUGAUUAUGCCAGGAGAUUAAAGAUAUCUAAAAUGAGGAGUGCUAUUGCUCGUAAAGCUUCCAAGAGGAGGAUAAGUGACAAAGAUGAUUCUGGUGAUGAAAAAUUGAAGGAAGUUAGAUCAAAUGAUGAUGUGCAAAACACUGAAAGUAAAGAUCCAUCAGAAAAGUCAGUAAAAAAGGAAAAAGAUACUUCUGAAGAUGUUGAAAGUGGUGAUGAGAAAGCUAAAAAGAAAACCUUUAUUAAGUUAAAUUGUCCACAUUGUGGAAUAAAAACAAUUACUUUCAGAAAAUAUGAUAUUCAUCUUACUAGUAGAACUCAUUUAAUUGCAAUGAGAAAAAUUGCUUUGAAACAGAAAUCAAUUUUAGCUCAAAUGAGACAAGCACAAAGAAAUACCCAGAAUGAGCUAGAAAAAAACAGUGAUGAUUUGACAUCAAAAACAAAUUUUUGUCCAUUAUGUAAGCUAAAUUAUAAACAGAAGAAAGCCGUUCACCAAUUAUCUGAAGCUCAUAAGAACAUGAAGAAAUUUUUGAUGCCAUAUUGUAAAGUUUGUAAUAUUACAUUCAAGAGUCCCAUGAUUUUCGAAAACCAUUGCUGCUCCAUCGAACACAUUAAGAGGAAACAAAGAAUGGAAAAUUGCAGCAGUGACGUUUCUGCAGAUGAAGACAAUUUAGAGAAUUUUACAACGAUAGACUCUGUUGGAGAUGGCGAGGGUUCAGAAAAUGGAGAUAAAAAAGAAGACACAAAGGAACCAGUAAAUGUUGGCAUUGAACAAAUUCGAAAGAUCGAGGCACACUACUGUGACCUUUGCAAAAUGUAUUUGCCGAGAGGCGAAGAUGUUGAUAUGCCAAAAAUUUUGUCUAAACAUUGUAAACUAAGAGUUCAUAUGCAGCGAUAUGUACGUUAUAAAGAGGAUCAGGAUCUGGAGAAGCGUGCUGAAAAAUUACAGAGGAAGGAAUUAGCCGAGAAAGAAGUUAUGGAAAAAAAGGAAAAACAUGAUAAAGAUAUCAAUCCAGAGUCUGUAAGCAUUGUAAAAGAUGAGAAAGAUGUUGAAACGCUUUUAAAAUGUGCUGAUGAUGACGAAGCCAGAGAUGAUAAACUAUGGGCCGAUGUAGACAAGGAUUUAGGAGAUAUUCUUGCUGAAGCUGAAUCAGGGAAUAAAAGUUCCGAUGAAGAUGAUGAUUCUCACAUAAAUGGGGAACGUUAUGACAGAUUUAAAUUGAGUGAAAAAAAUGGUGAUGAUAACUUAAAAAAAUUGGGAGAUGAAAAUGAGAAAUUGGACAAAGAAGAUAAGGAAGCUGACGUUGAAAAAAAAUAAAAAUUCCGUUGUUACUGGUAAUUGAUGUAGUAGAUUUUAGUCCAGUAGGUGUGAAUUUAUUUCUAAGUGUGUAUUUAUCGGGAAUUAUUAUCGUAGAAAAGUAAAUCGUCAAAACGAAUAAUAAAAUUUCUGUCAAAAAUGCAGAAUACCAUAAACUUAGAUUUAAAUGUUCUAUAUAUUUUGUUAAUUUUAUGAUAGAUAUGGAUAGUGGACAAAAAUAGGAUAAUAUGUUUUGUUUAUUAUUUUCUAGUAUUCUAUGUAUUCAUUAGAGUUACAUUAAUAAAGUGUACCAAACA